AUGACUCUCAGGGAUGAGUAUGAACCUAUUAGUGGUACUCUACUUCAUCGUAGCCCAUUGCCUUCCCUUGACGUUGUAAUCAAAGAUUUGCUCUCUGAAGAAACCCGACUAAAAACACUUCGAGAUGAGCGAUCCUUAUUAUCUACUGAUGUCGUUCUUGUUACUCCGGGUACGUUUGUUGCUUCUUCAAUUUCCUCUAAAUCUUCAAAACAGACUUUCUGCAAUUACUACAAAAAGACUGGUCAUACUAUCUCUGAGUGCCGCCGAUUGCAAGCCAAAAAGGCGUCUGGACAGAAGUCCUCGUACGUGGGUUCUCAGGCUUCGAGUUCUAUUGCAGCUACUGCCACAGAGGAUUCUUCUGAUAACACCUCUCCAAAAUUUUCUUUUCGAGAACUCCAAGCCCUUCUUCACCAGCUCCAACCUGCUUCUGGAACUAUUUCAACACCUCGUUUAUCACUUCCUAACACCUUUUUGGUACCUCAAUUAUCUCUAAAUCUUAUAUCUGUUGGACAAUUAUGCGAACUUGGUCUUGAAAUACAUUUCUCAAGUCGUGGUCGUACUGUGCAGGAUCCACAGACAGGGAAGAUCAUUGGGACAGGCCGUAAGGUUGGGAGACUGUUUGAGCUAUCAUCUCUCCAAUUACCAUCCCUUGUUGUUGCUAUCACUUCUAGUGUCUGGCAUGCUCGCCUUGGUCACAUUUCUACCUCUAGGUUAGGAUCUUUAAUUUAUAAUGGGUGUUUGGGUCCUGUUAAAACAACCCACUUUGAUUGUGUUUUCUGUCCUCUUUCAAAACAUCAUGCUUUGCCUUUUAAUACAAGUGAUUAUGUUUCUUCUGCACCUUUUGAUCUUAUUCAUUCUGAUAUUUGGGGACCUUCACCUCGUAAUACUAUGGGUGGUUCACGUCCGACUACUUCUUCCUCUGAUAGCUCUAACAGUACUACACAACCUACAACCUCUCCGACUGCAUCUACCUUGGUUGUGGAUCCUCCAGCCCUAGCCUCUUCUGAGCCCUUGAUUUCUCCUGACGAGUUCGACUCUGACCGUUCUGAUGCUCCACUCCGUCGUUCUGGUAGGGUCACUAAACCUUUCGUUCUUCGUGAUUUUCAUUGUUAUUCUACCAUUGUAUCUUUAUACGAGCCUUGCACCUAUUGCAAGGCUAGUACUGACCCUCUAUGGCAGAAAGCAAUGGUAGACGAAAUUCAAGCUCUUACAAGCACUCACACUUGGGACUUAGUUGACCUGCCUCCAGAUAAAUCUGUGAUUGGUUGUAAAUGGGUUUACAAAAUCAAGACCCGGGCAGAUGGUUCCAUUGAGAGGUAUAAAGCUAGAUUGGUAGCUAAAGGGUUCACACAGGAGUAUGGCAUUGAUUAUGAUGAGACUUUUGCCUCGGUUGCUCGUCUCACCUCUGUUCGUAGUCUUAUUGCAAUUGUUGCAGCUAAGCACUCGUAG